AAAAGAGGUCAACAACUAGACCGCGACGAACUCAUUGAACGAAAGCUGCACACAAUCAAUGCAUAACAUAGUUGUACCAGAACGUAAGUCUACACAGUCUACAACUUGCCAACCAUGUCAUCCAAAAGAGUUGCCAUUAUUGGCGCAGGUGCUAGCGGGCUUACUGCAAUCAAAACCUGCCUGGAUGAGGGGCUAACACCUGUAUGUUUUGAAAGAACGGAGCACAUUGGUGGGCUGUGGCGGUACACUGAUGAAACUGUAGAUGGGCAGGCCUGCGUCAUGAAGUCAACUGUCAUCAACACCAGUAAAGAGAUGAUGUCUUACAGCGACUUCCCCAUUCCUGAAAAGUAUCCUGUAUUUAUGCACAACACACAGGUUUAUGAAUACUUCAAGCUUUAUGCCCAAAAGUUUGACCUAGAGAAAUACAUAAACUUCAGUACAGAGAUUUUAUUGGUGACAAGAGCAGACAACUUCUCUGCUACUGGGAAGUGGGAGGUCAAAUACAGCAGUACAAAAACUAAGGAGGAGAAAUCCGAGAUAUUUGAUGGGGUUCUGGUCUGUAGUGGACACCAUGCAGAUAAAUAUGUACCAACUUUUCCUGGACUCAGCAAAUUUAAGGGACAAGUGGUUCACACACAUGACUACAGAAAGCCAGAUGGUUAUGAUGAUAAGAGAGUUUUGAUUAUCGGGUUUGGGAACUCUGGAGGUGAUGUGGCAGUAGAGUUGAGCAGAAAAGCAUCACAAGUGUUUUUAAGUACCAGACGAGGCACAUGGAUCCUGAACAGAGUUGCGGAUCAGGGUUACCCUGUGGAUAUGUUGUUUUCAAGACGUCCUCUAAUGAAGCUUGUAGAAAUGUUUCCUGGACUGAUCAGCAAAUAUCAGGAGAGAAAGAUCAAUCAGAAAAUUGACCAUAGUCUUUACAGCCUCCGACCUGAGCAUGGGAUUUUUCAACAGCACCCGUUUGUCAAUGACGACAUGCCAAAUAGGAUUAUCUGCGGCUCCAUCAAAAUUAAAGCAGACGUCAAAUGUUUCACAGAAACUGGGGUGGAGUUUGUGGACGGGACAUCUGAAGACAACAUUGACGUUGUUCUACUUGCUACUGGCUAUACAUUUGGAUUUCCAUUCAUAGAUAAGGAGGUGAUUGAGGUCAAAGACAACAGGGUCCAGCUGUAUAAGCAGAUGUACCCUCCAGAACUUGAGAAAAAAUCUUUGGCCAUCAUUGGCUGUUUCCAGCCUCUAGGUGCCAUUAUGCCUAUAUCAGAGAUGCAGUGCCGUCUGGCAACUAGAGUUAUAAAGGGUGAAACUGUUUUGCCUUCCAAAGCUGUCAUGUGGCAAGACAUAAGGCAAAAAGAAGCCGCCAUGGCCAAAAGAUACUACAAAACACAACGCCACACAAUUCAAGUGGAUUACAUUAGCUUUAUGGAUGAGCUGGCUGAACUGGUGGGGUGUAACAUUGAUUUUUGGGCUAUUUUCAAGAGAGAUCCUGUCUUGGCCCUAACUGUAAUGUUUGGCCCAGUGACUCCAUACACCUACCGCUUGUGUGGUCCAGGGCAGUGGUCUGGUGCAAGAGAGGCAAUCAGAACCCAGUGGCAGCGUAUAAAGCACCCCCUGCAGACUAGACCUGUCCCUUCAAAGCGUUGUGAUUUGGCAAGAAACAGCUUCUUAUUCAACUUCGGAGUUGUUGUUAUAUUAUUUUUUAUCUUGCGCUUUUUGUUGUCUUUAUUAUAGACAAUUGCUUCUAAAAUGGCAUUUAUAAAGAUUGUCUUACUGACAUCUGGGACCUUCAAUAAUGACACACACACUCCUUGAUUUUUGACAAUGUUGUUUGUUGUUGCUAAUAUAAAAGUAAUGUGAUAUCAUAAAAUUUUACAUGUUUUUGGAUAUUUUUUUACUUUAAAAUGAUCAUUGAUUUUAUUUUUAUUUAUUGACAUUUGAUGUACUUACGGUGCCACUAAAUUAUAUUUUUGAUCACUAAAGAAUUUUAAGAAUUGCUAAAUUAUAUUGUUGACAUUCAAAAACAAUUUACUUCAAUAUACAUGCUUUUAUUUGCCAAAAUAAAAAAUAAUUUGAUGGAUGAAACAGUUCAAGUGUUUAUUUGAGUAAACUUUAUAGCCUGCUAAUUUUUAUGAAAUCUAUGACAAUCUAUUUAUUUUAUUAUACCAAGUGCUUAUUUAUAUUUAAUUCCAAAAAUAAACUC